CUUAGUGCUGUGCCCACUUCCCUGGGGAGCCUGUUCCACUGCCCGACCACCCCUCUGGGUGAAGAACCUCUUUCUAAUAUCCAGCCUAAACAUCCCCUGAGCCAGCUUCAUGCCGUUCCCUCAGGUCACUAGAGAGAUCAGUGCCUGUCCCCACACUUCCCCUUGUGAGGAGGUUGUAGGCUGCUAUGAGGUCGCCUCUCAGUCUCCUCUCCCCCAGGCUGACUUGAGCUUGAUGGCUUGGCUGUGGGAGCACCAGCCCCUGGGGGCCUGUGGGCACACUGGCCAUCGACUGUCGUUUCUGACCGUGGGGUCCCAUGACAACUGUGGUCAGUCUCUGGCACAAGGGCCAUGUGAAGCCCCUGCUUGGUGCCACCAUCUCACUGGGAACCAGUGUGGCUGUGCCACAUGUGCCAGCCUUGCCCGCAGGCUGAGUAGUGUCAGGAGCUACUGUCUUUUUAUUAAUACUGCUUUGACAAUUGGCUUUAAUUUUUUUUUAUGUGAAAUGUGAUGUAGCUGUUGUAAGGCACGUGCAGCAUGAGCUGGGCAAACAGUGGUAGGAUGCUCUUUGCUUUGCUAUUGUACAGAGAAAUCUCACUGCUGCUGUGCAGUGAUGGCAUUUACACUGCUCAAACCCCAGAGAUAUGACAGAAUUCAAGAGGGGAGAACACCCAUAGAUCAUUUCUUUUUUUAUAAAUUGCUUUAUUUGAGGUAAAAAAAAGCAUUGGUAUAAAAUAGCCUUUCAAAUAUGGCAAUUGUUUACUUGCUGUGUCAGCAGUAUGUAUGAAAGAAAAGACAUGCUCCGUAACCUACAUUGCAAAGGUCACAGCGCUACUGCUCCAGGCUUCUGAAAACCACAGUUUGAGCCAGCAUCAUGGCUGGUCUGAAGAUUUGGUCUGUUUUCCUGAUUAUACUGUACCAUUUCUGUCAAAGAUGUAUCCCAUGUGGAAUUUCAACACAUAUUGAAAUAGCACAUAGAGCUCUGGAAUUUUUCAUUAAGAAUGAAGGGAGUGUUAAUUAUAGACAGUUAUUACUAAACCACCAAGAUGCAUUUCAAGCUGGGAGCAUUUAUCCUGAUGCCUUUUAUUCACCAGUCUGCAAAGCGGGAAUAUUCCAUGAUGUGUCUGAAGACACUCACUGGUCACCAUUUCUCAAAGCAAGUAUUCAGUACAUCAGAAGGAAUUAUCCUCAGCCUUGGGAAGAGGCUACAGAGAAACUGGUGGCUUUCCUGUUUGGAAUUGCCUCACAUAUGGUGGCAGAUGUUAGCUGGCAUAGCCUGGGCAUCGACCAAGGAUUUCUAAAGGCCAUGGGAGAAAUUGAUUUUCACGGUUCAUACUCAGAAGCUCACAGUGCUGGCGAUUUUGGAGGAGAUGUAGUGAGUCAUUUUGAGCUGGACUUCAGUUAUCUGGCAUCAAAUUGGUAUGUGCCUGUCAAAGACCUAGCAGCUAUCUAUAAGGAAUUUUAUGGAAAGGAGAUCAUAACUGAAAGCACAAUUACUGACUGUACUUUCCUGCUGUAUCUUGAACUGCAUGGAGAAAGGCUUGCUGUUUCCAAGCUUUUUCCAAGAUAUGCUAGUAAAUCUGCAUUUCUGGUGGAGAAGUUCCAUGAAUAUUUCCUUGGAGGAGUGGAUGACAUGGCGUUCUGGACAAACAAUAUUUUUGAGAUGACCAGCCACAUGCUAGAGAAUGGAACCAGUGGCUGUUACCUGCCUGAGAACCCUCUGUUUAUAAAUUGCACAAAGGAGCACAGGGACAACCACAUAAACAAACAAUCAAAACAUGAACAUCACAAGAAUACAACUUCUUUGCUUACAGAAUCACUUGAGAAGAAUAUAAACUAUACAGAAAGAGGAGUUCACUUCAACAUGCAGUCUUGGGCAACAAAUUCCCUCCGCUUGAUGAACCGUCCUUUUACAACCAAUAUCUGGAGAGCAUUAGCAGCUACACAUCAGAAAUCUUCUAAGCACAUCUCCAAGCCAGUAGCUUCAUAUUUUCUGACCUCACCCUAUGCUAGACUUGGAUGGGCAAUGAUCUCAGCUGACCUAAACCAGGAUGGAUAUGAAGAUUUGGUGGUUGGAGCACCAGGGUACAGCACCAUGGGCCGUGUUCAGAUAGGACGGGUGUAUGUAGUCUACUGUAACCAGUCAGGUUUACCACGGGAGGACAUGGAUUUGGAUGGGAAAGCUGACCAAGUACUACAAGGUCAUCAGCCUUCAGGAAGAUUUGGUUCUGCCUUGGCAGUCCUGGACUUUAAUGAAGAUGGAGUGCCUGAUCUGGCAAUUGGAGCACCUUCUGUGGGAUCCCAGUUUCUUACUUACAAAGGUGCUGUGUAUGUCUACUUCGGCUCUGAGGGAAGAGGCUUGGCAUCUCAGCCAAACGUUACCAUAACUUGUCAGGAUUCCUACUGUAAUCUUGGUUGGUCCCUCCUGGCAGCUGAUGUUGAUGGGAAUGGAAAUGCUGAUCUGGUUGUGGGCUCUCCAUAUGCACCUGGUGGUGGGCAGCAGAGAGGAUUUGUGGUUGCAUUUUACUCUUAUUUCAACAGGAGUGACCAAGAAUUUCUGUCAGUACAGGAUGCCAACUGGAUGGUGCAGGGAGAAGAAAAUUAUGCUUGGUUUGGAUUUUCACUUGACAGAUGCCAGCUGGAGAACGUAACAUUACUACUGAUUGGUAGCCCUACAUGGAAGAGUUGUGCUAGAUGCAAUCCCUUCUCAUCGGAUGCCGGACAGAGUGUUGGGAAGGUGUACGGGUACAACCCACCGAGCACAGAGCGCUGGUUUGAGGUAACUGGAGACAAGGAGAUGAGCCGAAUGGGUUUGUCUCUGGCCAGUGGUGUGAUGUCUGUGGCUGGGAACACAAGGAGAGUUUUGGUGGUGGGUGCACCUACUGCAGACAGCCUGUAUAGGAUUUCAUUUAUGUCCUCAGUGCUGCAUCAAGCUGGACUGGCUCUGGUAUAUGACCUGACAGAUAGCACCAAGCCUUCUUUGCUUAGCACAUUGAGUGGGGACAGGAGGUUUUCUCGUUUUGGAGGAGACAUAUACUUAAGUGAUCUGGAUAACGAUGGACUAGAUGAAAUGAUUGUGACAUCCCCACUGAGAACUAAUAGCAUCUCCUCAAUACUGUUUGGUGGGGCAGCUGGCCGUGUUUAUAUUUACAACGGAAAGCAGGCAUCCUCAGGGAAUGUGACAGGUCACUGCAGAUCAUGGAUAUCUCCCUGUCCUGAGGACUGGGCACAGUAUGUCCUUAUUUCUCCUGAGGAACUAUCAAGAUUUGGGAGUUCUGUUAUCUCUGUGAAAUCUGAAAGCAAGAAAGAAGUUGUAGUGGCAGCAGAGAGAAGUUCUGCGAAAGCUCGACUUGGUGGAAGGCUUUUUGUCUACUCACUCUGAAAGUUCAUGGCAGCCUUUAAGACCAGGGCACAGCUGGUCUUUUACUGAAGAAUCUCUGUAGUAUCUAUGACACUGUCCUGAACCCACACAAACCAACAGACCCCAAGUCAGCAAGCUUUUGAUGAAUUCUGUUGUAGGCAGCAACAUCACUUAACCUAGAACAAGCCAGCUGGUCUGAAAACCUUUUAGAGGCUGAAGUGAGCAGGUAGCUAGAUUUUUGACAGUAGUAUUUGGCUGUAUAAGGAAUGUUCAGUGGUCACCUUCUUUACUGGUCAGAUAUGAGUAUUUUCUUGGCAAAACCAGGAAACAGCAGCAUAAUUUACAAUUCCUUGUAUACUGUGAUAAAGACAGGUGUUCUAAGUUACGGAAAGUUACCGUCAAAAUAACAAGCAUGGAGGAGGGGCAGCUUUAAUCCUGACAGAAAAGUGUGUGCCAAUGAACAGGACUCUCUCUGUCUCUAGCAAGUCUUGAUUGAGGGUGUAGAGCAGCUGGGAUCUCAUGGGAAGAAAAGAACAAGCAAGUUUUAGGAAAUACUUUCUCUUUUGCAAUUGUGGCUGACUACUCUGAUACGCUUUGUGUCUUCAUGUAAAAUUCCAUGACCAUGGUAACUCAGAAUUGUUAACUGCUUUUAUUGUUAACAGUAUUGUCUUCAACUAUUAACACUAGUUUUGUAUGUUGCAGGUUUAACAAGAGCAUGCAUUAUCUAUUAAACAACUUGAACAGCAAAA